AUGGCGUUUUCUGAGCUCCUGGACCAAGUGGGCGGCCUGGGCAGGUUCCAGGUUCUCCAGAUGGUGGCUCUGGUGGUCCCUAUCAUGUGGCUCACCACUCAGAGCAUGAUGGAGAACUUCUCGGCCGCCGUGCCCAGCCACCGCUGCUGGGUGCCCCUCCUGGACAACAGCACCGCCCAGGCCGGUGUCCCCGGGGCCCUGGGCCCCAAGGACCUCCUGACCGUCUCCAUCCCCCCGGGCCCCAACCACGAGCCCCACCGGUGUCGCCGCUUCCGCCAACCCCAGUGGCAGCUCCUGGACCCCAACGGCACGGCCACCAACUGGAGCGAGGCCGCCACGGAGCCAUGCGUGGACGGCUGGGUCUACGACCGCAGCACCUUCACCUCCACCAUUGUGGCCAAGUGGGAUCUUGUGUGCGACUCCCACGCCCUGAAGCCCAUGGCCCAGUCCAUCUACCUGUCGGGGAUCCUGGUGGGAGCUGCCGUGUUUGGCCAAGUCUCCGACAGGUUUGGGCGCAGGCUGGUGCUGACCUGGAACUACCUUCAGAUGGCCGUGUCGGGCACGGCGGCCGCCUUCGCCCCCACCUUCCCGGUGUACUGCCUGUUUCGCUUCCUGGUGGCCUUGGCCGUGGCGGGCGUCAUGAUGAACACUUGCACUCUCCUGAUGGAGUGGACGUCCACGCGUGCCCGAGCCUUGGUGAUGACUUUGAACUCCCUGGGCUUCAGCUUCGGCCAGGUCCUGAUGGCCACAGUGGCCUAUGGUGUGCGUGACUGGGCCCUGCUGCAGCUGGUUGUCUCCGCCCCCUUCUUCCUCUGCUUUGUGUAUUCCUGGUGGCUGGCGGAGUCUGCCCGAUGGCUCCUCAUCAAGGGCAAGCUGGAGCAGGGCCUGCGGGAGCUACAGAAGGUGGCUGCCAUCAAUGGGAAGAGGGCAGCGGAGGACACACUGACUGCAGAGGCCUUGCUGUCAGCCAUGCGGGAGGAGCUGAGUGCGAGCCAGGCUCCUGCCAGCCCGGCUGCCCUGCUUUGCACACCCGGACUGGGCCUCCGGACCUGUGUCUCCACUCUGUGCUGGUUCGCCUUCGGCUUCACCUUCUACGGCCUGGCCCUAGACCUGCAGGCCCUCGGCAGCGACAUCUUCCUGCUCCAGGUCCUCAUUGGGGUCGUGGACAUCCCGGCCAAGAUCGGCACCCUGCUGCUGCUGAACCGCCUGGGCCGCAGGUCCACUCAGGUGGCGUCCCUGGUGCUGGCGGGGCUCUGCGUCUUGGCCAAUAUGCUGGUGCCCCACGAGUUGGGGGCCCUGCGUUCAUCCCUGGCCGUGCUGGGGCUCGGGGGCCUGGGGGCCGCCUUCACCUGCAUCAGCAUCUACACUGGUGAGCUCUUCCCCACCGUGCUCAGGAUGACAGCGGUGGGCCUGGGCCAGAUGGCAGCCCGCGCGGGAGCUAUCCUGGGGCCUCUGGUGCGGCUGCUGGGUGCGCACGGCCGCUCACUGCCGCUGCUGGUCUACGGGGCGGUGCCGGUGCUGAGCGGCUUGGCUGCAUUGUUGCUGCCCGAGACACAGAGCCUGCCGCUGCCCGACACGGUUCAAGAUGUGCAGAACCAGGCAGUGAUGAAAGCGACCCACAGCCCCCCGGGGCGCACUGUCCUGAAAUCCACACACUUUUAA